GUCGAAACAUUUUGGUCAGCCCCUGUAGUCUCCCGAGCUCAGACGAAGGGUAGUUGAAGGACAAAGCUAGAGAUGGAGAGGGAUAAGGAGGGUGCUACAACGCAUCACAAGACAAUGUGACCGAGCACAGCACGUUCAACAAUUAGCUCUCCACAAAACUGCACAGGCUGAAACAGCCGUACACAACACAAUGCACUUGAGAAGAUCAUUAGAGAUCAUCAUGAGAAGCCAUUAAAAUCAACUUCACUCUGUGACAUUCACACUGACACAUUCAUACAGGAAACGCGUGCACACACACACACUCACACUUGCACAAGCACACCUCACCACAGGACUGGAUGUAAGAAAAGCUGAGACAGGAAAGGAUACGAGAUGAGGAGGGGGAGGAGAAAAGGAGGGAACAAAGAAAAGGUCUUUGGCUGUGACCUGUUGGAACACUUGGCCACGUCGGGUCAUGAAAUUCCUCAGGUCCUGCGAAGCUGCAGUGAGUUUGUUGAGGAGCAUGGGGUAGUGGAUGGAAUCUACAGGUUGUCAGGGGUGUCAUCCAACACACAGAAACUAAGGGGAGAGUUUGACAGUGAGGGAACCCCGGACCUUAACAAGGAUGUCUACCUGCAGGACAUCCACUGUGUCAGUUCCGUCUGCAAGGCUUACUUCAGAGAGCUGCCCAAUCCCUUGCUCACAUACCAGCUGUAUGACAAGUUUGCCGAGGCUGUGGCGAUACAGUUGGAGGAGGAGAGACUGGUGAAGAUCCGAGAUGUGCUGAAAGAGUUACCUGCUUCCCAUUUCCGCACUCUGGAGUUCUUGAUGCGACACUUGGUCAGGAUGGCCUCUUUUUCCUCUCAGACCAACAUGCACUCCAGAAACCUUGCUAUUGUUUGGGCUCCCAACUUACUCAGGUCGAAGGACAUCGAAGUAUCGGGGUUGAACGGUACUGCUGCCUUUAUGGAAGUGCGGGUCCAGUCUAUUGUGGUGGAAUUUAUCCUCAACCACGUGCCACAGCUUUUCCCUGAACAAGGUGCUGAGUGGUCUGGUGAGCGGCGGAAGUCUCUACCAUCGCCAUCUGCGAUGUCCAGUACAGAGUUCUUCCGGUCCAUUCCCUUCCAAUCCCCGAGCCACAUCGGCAACAUCAGCCCGGGGGAUGGCCCCAUUGCUAUGCGACCCUACCAUGCCAUCAUCGAAGGCACAGACAAGAGGAAGGGAUCCCUCAAGGGCAAGAAGUGGAAAUCCAUAUUUAACCUUGGAGGCCGGAUUACCGAUCCCAGACGGAGAUACAAGAACUCAUCAAAAGAGAAAGAUAAACCUAUCUUGAGGCCAGCCAAGAGCAUGGAUUCCCUCAGCUGUGCACCUUUCCAGCAUGAAGGCUCCGGGCAGCGGCCUCCUUCAUCACACAUGUCUCCCCUGGCCCUGACUCCUUGCCCCCAGACAGGUGGGAGUGAGGCAGGGUCAUCCGGUAGCAGUGGUGGUAUGAGCAACAGCUAUGCCGUGACCUACCGCAGAGGAGCGGGGGCCAGUGUGAGUGUGGUGAGCGGGGGCGGGGGGACACCGGGCACAUACAGCCCUCUGGAAACUGCAGGAACCGGGUCCACUGGGGCAGAACCCCACCACCACCACCACCAGUCAAGAUCCCCAGGAAUCUCCAGCAAAGUGGGCCGGCGGGCCGGAAUCCACAUAUCAGGGCCUCUUUCGGUCACCGUGCCCCUGCACAUCACCUCCGGCCUGGCCAUGGGGGUGCUCCAAGGGGUUGCAGGGGACAUGGGCAUCUUUAGAGGGUUUCAGGGGGGUGGGGAGACCAUGCAUGAGAAAGUGGAAAAGGAGGACAGGUGUGAGACUGAAGCGAAUGAAGGAAAGAGCCAGAAAGAGGAAGAGGUCAUGGAAGAGAAGGUAGCAGAUGAUGUGAUGUCAGAUGGGAGAAGUGAAGAGAGAGGUAUAGAAAAGAAAGGAGAGGAAGAGGAGGGGAUUGUGGGUGGAGAGGUAAAGAUUUCGGUGGAAGACAGUUGCAGCGAGGCGGAUGGACAAGAUGCAAACAAUCUAGACGACAACUCGGAAGAUGGAAAUGGAGAUUAUAUGGAUAUGAAAGGGUCUGUCAGAGCCUUAGCUGUGUCGAACACAACAGAGGUGUUUGAUGUCCUGAAGAUGCAAGGGGUGUCUGUUCUGUCCGACCCUCCAGAGCUCCCUGAAGAAGACGACGACCAGGCCCUUCCAUUUGACUUCCAUGAAACGUUUGGAUUCCUGGAUCUCAUGGACAGCAGUGCAUCCAACCAGCUUUACGAGUUCUCGGUGGAGCCCCCCUGUCAUGACGAGGAGGACUAUGAAGACAUGUGCAAACACAGCCCCCCCAGGGAACUACUACACAGACCAAGCCAUGAUGCACCACCGCCUGCAAAUACCCAGGCACUCACACCCACCCAAAACAAGACAGAGCUGAACACACCGAGACAAAGCCAGUUAAACAUACACCGUCCACUCACUGUCGAUAAAUACGGACGACCAAACAAAUCCCUGAGUUUGCCUUACAUGGCUCCGCCCUUCAUGCCCGCUCAGUCCUCCUCCUCUUCCGAGAUAGAAGAUGAUGAGGACGACAACGACGAAGAAGAGGACAUGUUCUGCAAAAGCCUCCCGUCCGGUUCACGGUUCAACAACCUGACAUGGGGGGUUGCCCCAAAAUCACAAGAUUCUGACAGUACGGCUGUUUGUAGAGUUCCUGUUGACUCUUCGCGAAGCUCUGAGGACCGAGCGCCGGGGCCGUCGGAUGUUGAACCUGCCAUGUGCAGAACCCCGCCGCCAGUGGCACCGGAGCAGAGCCAAGAUAAAGAGGAGAAGGGAAUGGAGACGAAUGAAAACCUAGUCGAUGUCAAAGAUGCAGAUGAAGAUAAGGACGGUCAAGACGAAGACCGAAAAGAUACCUUGACAAGCACGUGCACACAGAGUACAGAGACAGAAGAUGCCACCUGCUCCUUCUCUGAAACCACAAAAGAAGAGGAAGCUCUGGAGGACAUAGAUGGGAAUCUCACCUUCCCAUCCUCAGCAGCUGGGAGUGAGGAGGCUCAAAUGUCAGGACCUCCAGACCAGGAGGACAUGGACGUUAAAGCCCAGCUGCUGGUCAAAGACAUAGAAGAGGUUAUGGAGAACUAUGGUAGAGGGAAAAGUUCAGAAGUCUCAGAACAGGCUGAUACGCAUGAAGCUCCGGAAGAUCCAAAAGCUUUUGUUCCUCAAGUCUGUCAGACAAAGUCUGGACCGGUUGAUCCAGAGACCACGAUACAUGUGCCUGCUGAAGUUGUCAUAGGAUCUAUUGGAGUUCUGAUGGAAGAGCUUAAAACGGGUUCACAGGAGGAAGCGGGGGAACUGAGGGAUGAGGGAGAGGAAGGUUAUUGGGAGGACCAGAGUGAGGAGAGAGUGCUGGAAAACCAGGAAGAUGAAAUUGACACUGAUGGGGAAGGAGAGACUGAGAAAGAUGGAGAGAGAGACAAAGUAAAGGAGGUGGGAGGAAGAGAGGAUGAGACGGUUGAGGAGGAGCCAAAUGAGGAUGCUGAAAUUGACACUGAUGGGGAAGGAGAGACCGAGAAAGAUGGAGAGAGAGACAAAGUAAAGGAGGUGGGAGGAAGAGAGGAUGAGACAGUUGAGGAGGAGCCAAACGAGGAGGCUGAAACUGACACGGAUGGGGAUGGAGAGACUGAGAAAGAUGUGGAGCGAGAGAUGGUUAAAGAAAUGGGAGAAAGAGAGGAUGAGGUUGAGGAGGAGACUAACCAAGGAGAGCCUAUUGAGGUCGAAGAGGAAAGAGUAGCAGGGGAUGAAGACCAAGUAGACGAGGGCACAGAGCAGUAUGAGGAUGUUGAAUUGAGCCCAGAAGUAAGUGAUGACAUGGAUGGGAUUGUGGAAAAUGGAGACAAAGGAGAUGAGAAUGAUGACGGAGGAAGAAGGGACCGGGAAGAUGAGCUAGAGGGAAAUGAAAAUGGUGGAGAGUGCAUCGAGGUCAGCGAGCAAGAUGAGAGGGAGGAGGAGACUGGAGGAGAAAAUGGAGAGAUGGUGAAUGAAAAAGGGGAAGAGAGUGAUACCACAGAUGAACAGACAAAACACACAUGCACAGAAAAUGAGAGGAAAGCAGAUGACAUACAAACCCAAGUAGCUAUUGAGAACAGUGAGAUAGAUUUGCAAAGGGGAAACACGAUGGAGAAGGAUGUGACUGAGGACGGAAAUCGAGAAAUUGUAGUGAGCCACUUAGAUGAAGAUGUUAUUCUUCAAGAAGAGAGGGAGGGAUGGGACUCAAAAGAUCAAGAUAGAGAGGAUGAAGGGGAGGGAGAAGAAAAGAUGAAGGAGGGACAAACACAGACUUUCCUGGAACAGUCAGAGGGAGAACCAAGAGAGAUUCCAACAGACACUGCAGGGGGGAGUGAUGCUCAGGUGGGGCUUGGGCCAGGCCUGGGGAGAAAGGUUCUAGUUACCAAACAAACACCUAAAGUGCAUCAUGUGAAAUCAGUGCCUGUAGUUCCCCCUAAGCCUCAGCAUUGCCGACUAACAGUACUGAGCAUCAGACAUCAGCAUCAAGAGAGAGAGCGGAAGGAGGCAGACCGAGACAGACAGAGGGUAUGGGACGAGCAGGUCAAAGAGAGAGAUGGGGAGGAUGGAUCUGAAUGCGACAAACUCUGUGAGAGAGAGCAUGCAGAACAACAAGAGGGUCAAGAUGACAGCAAAGGCAGAAGGGAGAAACAAGAACCACAGGAAGGCGAAGGAGGAAGAAGGAGAGAGGGAGAUGACUGGGGAGGGAAGGAGAUGGCAAGGAGAAGUCCGAUCAGUAGGUGUUUUGAUGAAGCUGUCGCUAUGGCAACGAUGAUGCGAGGGCGGGAGAAAGAGUGUGCUGAGAGGGAAAGGCAGAGGGAGAGAGGAAAGGAAGCACAGUAAAAACAUAUUUUUAUGUUUCUAUGUUCUGUACAAACAGUUUUAUAAAUGAUUUGAUGAGAUGCUUUGCUAUAUUUGUCUCAGAUCCACCAUUUGACAUGUACAAAUAACCUCCUUUACUUUAUAUACACUUUGAUGUAUUGUGUAUGCAUGUUUUUAGUAUGUGAAUUCAUGCUUUAAUACAUGUAUGGUAUGCAAACUAGGUAUAUGCUCAAAUCUUUUGAAUACAACCUAUUUACAUUACUCGCCAAUCAACAAAUAGACAAGUAGACCUAGUAUUAGUGGCUAGUAAUGCCCAGAUGCCCUAAAUACCCAAACACCUAAUAAUGAAGAUAAUAUACCCAUGUUUUUCAAGCAAUGUGACUGUAAUUGUUGGAAUGCUGCUUCAGCAUUCCAAGUAUUGUUCUUUGAAUCUUUAUUCAACUUAUUAUUAUUUAUCUUCUAUUUCUUCCGUGGCACCUUUCAGCGCCUUCAAAUCUUCAGCUAUUAAAACCGUUCAGCUAUCAAAAAAUUCAGCAGUUUCAGGCCAUGGGUGCUAUGACUUUUCAGCUUUGUACUCUUAUGCUUGAAUUAAUAUAAAUCAAUAUUCAUAAUAUUUUUAACAUGGGUUUCCAAUGGAGUUUUCUUUCAAAUCCUCUCAAACUUCUUUAAACUUCUUCAACUUCCAAAUCCUUCUUCUUCCUCAAUC